CGUAAAGCUCAAAAUAGAGCUGCUCAGCGUGCGUUUCGAGAACGUAAAGAGCGCCACACCAAGGAUUUAGAGUCGACAGUUCAUCAGAUACGUGAACAUAGAGACAGGCUUCGGAUUGACAACGAGAGACUCAAGACAGAGUCCGAGAUCAUAAAGUCCGAGAAUUGGUAUCUCAAA